GACUGCAAUCGGACGAAGACCUCACUUGAAAGGCGAAAAAGUAUAGAAGUCAGACAAGCUAGCCAAGUUAUUUGGAGUCAAAUUGUAAACAUAUGUCAAACUGUAAACAAAAUGGCGAGACAACGGAGGAUGUGAUAGCAAACGGAAUCGCUGCCUAACCUGGGUGAAGUGUGAAACUGCCUUGAUAUUUUGAAAGGGAGCCUUGAGAUCACUAUGGCAGAGAACAAGCCCGUCUCUGUUCGGGAAAGGAAAAGAGUCAACUUCAUAAAUUGCAGGCUUAUGGAAUGUUUGCUGCUUUGCUGAGAUAAUGAAGAGUUUACGCUACGCUCUUCCCUUUGUAACGUAUUUCACAGUAACUCUCUGUCACGCAGGACUCUAACAUUUACUGUGGAUUUUCCGAAAGACCAACUGCUACAAUAAUGUAAUUUAACAAAUCCACACCAUCGUUGUCCGAAGUGAUCGGACAAACGUUACGUUUGCUACAUCUGGAGGAUGUCCGCGCGCUUGAAAAAGGUCAACUCUUACCUUCAGGUAGCAUUACGUGCUCGUGAAUCCUACUUAUAAUCAUGCUUGUCAGUCAAAUUCAAAUAAACAGUAAACUUGGGAAAAAUCAAGAAUAACCUGUUUAUCUUCUUUGUACAACUGUCGUCAUUUGUGUUAUAACCAUGGCAGUUAGAUUCAGAAGACCGUGGAUGAGUGUAAUUGUCGGGGUCGUUCUUGGAUUUACCGCUGCAUCUUGGUUGAUCGUGCCCAUGGUUGUAGACACCAGCGGCAAAAAGCGAAGAGCUUCAAUUUGCUCAUACUACAGCAAUACUGGGAGCCUAGGUAAAGUUUUGGAAAUUGACAGCAGCCCCACGACUGGUAAUGUUUUGGGAACGGACCAGCACCGUCCCUUGUCCAGCCAAGAGGGUAGCGAAGAGGAAAGUAUGUACAGGACAGGCAAUGGCGGCGAAGACGGCGCAGGACCCAUUCCCCCAUCUAAGCACUUUCUUUAUGUGGGUGUCAUGACAGCCAAAAAGUAUCUGGACUCCAGAGCAGUUGCUGCUUAUAAGACAUGGACGCAAAGUAUACCGGGGAAGGUCGAAUUCUUUUCAAGCGAAGGUUCUGAAACGGUGCAGCUUCCAGUUCCUCUGCCCAUCGUCUCAUUGGCUGGUGUAGAUGAUUCAUAUCCUCCGCAAAAGAAAUCUUUUAUGAUGCUGAAGUACAUGCAUGACCGUUACCUGCACAAGUAUGAAUGGUUUAUGAGAGCAGACGACGACGUCUACAUCAGAGGUGAAAAGCUGGAGCUCUUCCUACGCUCCCUCAACAGCACUAAGCCACUGUACCUGGGCCAAACGGGUCUGGGCACCACAGAGGAGCUGGGCAAACUGGCCUUGGAGCCGGGUGAGAACUUCUGCAUGGGGGGCCCCGGCAUGAUCUUCAGCCGUGAGGUGCUCCGCAGAAUGGUGCCCAACAUCGGCACCUGCCUGAGGGAGAUGUACACCACUCAUGAGGAUGUGGAGGUGGGCCGCUGCGUCAGGCGUUUUGGAGGGACCCAGUGUGUCUGGUCCUACGAGAUGCAGCAACUUUUCUAUGAAAACUAUGAACACAACAAGAAAGGUUUCAUUCAAGAACUGCACAGCAGCAAGAUUCACAAUGCCGUCACUCUGCACCCCAACAAGCAGCCAGCCUACCAGUACAGGCUCCACACAUACAUGCUCAGCCGGCACAUUUCACAGCUGCGCUACCGCACCAUCCAGCUGCACCGUGAAAUCAUCGCGAUGAGCCACCUCAGCAACACUGAGGUGCAGUGGGAGGACCAGCAGCUGGGUGUUGCCCCCUCCUACACCCGCUACCGCCCAACCGAACGGGAAGAAAUUAUCGAGUGGGAUUUCCUGACCAAUAGGCACCUCUACUCCACCAGAGAUAAGAACGUGCCCCAGCAGGGCCUCGGUAACCUGCUGCGCACUGCAUUGGACGAUGCAGUGCUCCAGGUGAUGGAGAUGAUCAACGAGAACUCCAAAGCACGAGGACGUGUCAUUGACUUCAAGCAGAUCCAGUAUGGCUACAGGAGGGUGAAUCCCCUCUAUGGGGCUGAGUACAUACUGGACCUGCUGCUUCUCUACAAGAGACACAAGGGACGCAAAGUGACCGUACCCGUCCGGAGACACGUGUACCUGCAGCAGUCUUUCAGCCGGCCUUACUUUCAAGAGGUGGAGGAGCUGCAGGCAGCCGAGCUAGCGGAGGCCAUCAACAGCGACUCCCAGUCAUUUUCCUUCCUGUCUAAUUCACUGAAGGUAUUCGCCCCAUUCCAAUUUUCAGAGACCACCAAGGAGAUGCGGGAGCACAGCCAAAAGAAGCUCCAUAUUCUUGUGCCACUUACAGGCCGCUACAACACUUUUGCACGCUUCAUGGAAAACUUUGAGAAGGUUUGCCUUAUUUCCAACCAGAAUGUGAAACUGAUUAUCAUACUUGUAGAUAAUGGUAACGACCAAGACAGGGACAAACAUUUGGAACUGAUUUAUAUUUACCAUAACAAAUACCCCAAAGCAGAUCUGGCAGUGAUACCAAUGACAGGGGCUUUCUCUAGGGGUCUUGCUCUAGAAAUGGGUGCCUCUCAGCUAAAUAAUAACUCCCUGCUGUUUUUCUGUGAUGUGGAUCUGAUCUUCACUGGCGAUGCCCUGCAGCGAUGUAGGGACAACACCAUUGAAGGGAAUCAGGCUUACUUUCCUGUUGUCUUCAGCCAGUAUGAUCCCAAAAUUGUCUACGCUGGAAGCCGUCCAGAAGACAGCAAUUUUGUCUUCACCAAGAAGACAGGAUUCUGGCGAGAUUACGGCUUCGGCAUUAGCUGCAUAUUCAAAAGUGACUGGCUGAAGGCUGGAGGCUUUGACACUUCAAUACAAGGCUGGGGAAUGGAAGAUGUAGACUUGUUCACAAAAAUUAUCGAUUCUGGCUUAAAAGUGUUCCGCUCACCAGAAAUUGGUAUUGUGCAUAUCUAUCAUCCUGUUCACUGCGACGCUAAUCUAGAGCCUAAGCAAUACAAAAUGUGCCUCGGGUCCAAAGCAAGUACAUAUGCAUCCACGAUGCAGUUAGCAGAACUGUGGCUUGAAAAACACUUAGGCAUAGGAUACAACAGAACCUCCUCCUGACAUCUAUCAUUGUCAGUGGAGAUUACCUCAGUUCUGCAUGAAAGCAGCAAGAGACUGAUUGUGUGUGUGUCUAAUGUGUAAGCAAAUGCGUGAAAUUAAAGGUACUUUAAGUUU